AUGCUGUGUUGCCCUCUCUGCCGGAUUCAAUAUGAUGACGCUAGACGUCUGCCUAUGUUAGGAUUAUGCGGACACACAAUAUGUGCUAUUUGUCGAUCUAAUUUAGUGAGACGUCAAUGUCCCGUUUCUCUACGAUGCUCUUUGGUUAAAUACUCUUUUCUAUUUCCAGCUGUAAACUAUACAAUUCAAGAACAUGUUGAGAUUGUAAAGAAUUAUCGUAAUGAACUACAUAGUAAUGAACAAGUAUAUCCUAAAAGGAAUGUCAACGAGGUAAAGCAAGAGCUGCUGGGCAAUCAUAGAGAAGAAGAACAACAUAACAAUGAAAAAAUUAAAUUACUAACCAAGGAACGCGAUAAGUUGAAAGCACGUGCUAAUGACCUAGGCAAUAAGGUUAUCAAUACUGGAAAUAGCAAAUGCGCAGAUACUGUUCAAUGUUCUAACUGUAAAGAGUACAUGGCCAAUUGGUUGGCGAUGUGUUGCGUCACAUGUACGGAAGGGCUAGAACUUUCAAACUCUGAUGUUAUGAUAACUGAUUUAGAGAAAAUUAAAGCACAGCAGUUGUGCGGCAAUUGUAUUCUCGAUUCAGAUCACAAGACUCAUCCGUUCGAUACAAUUUUAGCUUUCCAGGCUCGUCAACUCAUACAGGAAAAGCUGCGCGACCAGUUGGAGAUUGUUAAGAAUCUUGAGUGGCCUAGCCACGAAAAUGGAAAAAUACACUAUCAAAAUCUGAGACGUUUGGUUACGGAUUCUGCUUACUGUCGCUCACUACAGCAAGUAGAUGAGAUCAUUCAAAACGUUCAGACAGGAGUUCAGUCGAUCCUGCAGAUGCAUCGGAAGGCCCUCGAGAACUCUUCCAUGAUGGAGGUUUCCAAGAUUCACCGCAAAGGUCUGGCUGUCCGCAAAACUCUAAAUAAUGUACGAAGCCACCCGUUCUCUAGUGCGACAAUGGACUCUACAUUAUCCCGACGAUCAAAUCGUCUACGUAGUGCUAACACUUCUCAUUAA